UCUGGAGCAAGCCAGGAAUCUCGGGGCUGCUCCCCCAAGAGAAAGAGGCCUUUGGAUGUCCCUUCCAACGUCCGUGGCUUUGGGGCUAGGCUCCUUGACCUUGCUGAGCUGAGGUCCUGACAGGCAGCCUCACUGGGAACCUGUCAUGAGAGUCCCUAUGCCCUAAUGGGACAAGCUCACCCGCAGUUUCCCUGGCCCCACCCUGCCCAGACCUGUUCUAGAUUCCUCCACCACCCUUCCCCAAGGCCACUGCACCUUCUGCCCGCCUCGCUGAGCAGUGCCUCCUAGUUUCAACCCGGAAGGCUGGCAGGACGACGGUUGGGUUGUCUCAGGGGCCAUGGAAGCCUCGGCAGAGCCUGUGCUCUAUCAAAAGCUGCAAAUCUGGGAGCCAAACAUGGAGUCAGAGGAAGAGGAGGAGGAGGAGCUGGAGGAGGAAGAGGAGGAGACAUCAGAGUCCCUGGUUCUCUACCUCAGGAGGCCCCUGGAUGCCCCUGGGAACAAGGUUGAUGGGCUUCCCGGAGCCUGGGCCCGGCUGGUGGCAGCUCUGCUGCUGCUGGCUGUUAGCUGCUCCCUGGCUGUGAGGCAGUUCCAACGGAGGGGCAGCUUGACGGGAAGGUUUGGCUCGGUGGCGGCCCCUCCAGCCAGCGUACACUCCCAUCCCACUGGAGUAUACCAUCACGGUGCCAUCAUCAGCCCUGCAGCCACGUGCUCCCACCUGGGCCAAGAGCUACUUGCUGCUGGGGGCAAUGUCGUGGAUGCUGGAGUUGGAGCCUCUCUGUGUCUGGCAGUGGUGCACCCUCAUGCCACAGGGCUAGGUGCCAUGUUCUGGGGCCUCUUCCAUAAUAGCUCCUCAGCAAACACAACAGCUCUGAUGUCAGGCCCAGCCCAGACCCUGGCCCCUGGCCUGGGGCUGCCCACUGCUCUGCCUGCCCUGCAUUUGCUUCAUGCACACUUCGGCCACCUGCCUUGGUCACGCCUGCUGAUGGGUCCAACCAUGCUGGCUCAAGAAGGCUUCCUGGUGGACGAACCCCUGGCCAGGGCUCUAGCAACCCAGGGCACAAAGGGCCUGUGUCCACUGUUCUGCCAUGCUGACGGGACCCCCCUGGGCCUUGGGGACCGAGCCACCAACCCAAAGCUGGCAGCUGUGCUAGGCAGGGCAGCACUCACCCCUACUCCAGCCCUUGCUGGAGAUGAACUACUGAGUUUGCUGGCCAGAGAUCUGGGGCUGGAGGAACCCUCAGCUAGGCCCAUGCCCACCUUGGUGCCAGCACUGCAGUUUUCUAUGGCCCAAGGCACUCUAUUCACCACCCCUGGUCCCUCAGCUGGCCCAGAACUGUUGGCACUACUGAAGGCAGCCCUGCACUCUGGAGAACCCCACCCUGACCCCUGCCCACCCCUCCUGCAAACUGCUGUGACCCCUGUGAGUAGCAUCCUGGCCACCGUGGACAGCAGCGGCGCUAUGCUCCUUCUCACCUCCUCACUCAACAGCUCCUUUGGGUCUGGACAUGUGUCUCCAAGCAGUGGGGUUCUGCUUAGCGAUCUAGUGGACAGGUCUGCAACUAGUGCCUGGGCCUGCCCCCUCGUUCUCCGUGUCAGUCCGGAUGACACAGAAGCUGAUGUGAUGGGACUGGUGGCCUCAGGAAACCCCAAGAUGGCCAGAGCCAUGACUCGUGCCUUGCUCAGCCAUCUCACAAGGCCGCAAACCCAUACCCAACACCAGCAGCAGCCCCAACAAGGACCAACAGAGAGUUCCAGCACUUGUGGCCAAGGGACCCUACUCCAGGUGGCCACCCAUGCAGAACACUCCCAUGUCUCCAGUGUCCCUAGUGGCUGCUGCCCCUUCGAGGGGUUCUAAUGGAGGGGCAGGAGUCUGAUGGGAGACAGAGUUGUCUCAAGUCUGAGAGCAGGAGCAGAGCAGACUCGGCAACAAUGGGGUGCAUAGAGACUGUGCAUCUAUUAUGUGCCAUUGUUGGCUCAUCCCCCAAACUCUGGACUGGUCAGUUACCUGAGCUCAAGCUCUGGUAUCCGGAACAAGCUGGAUCACUCUUCAUAGCAUGCUCACUGGACGGAAUUUCUGGCUUUUUAAAAAAUCAGAUAUAGAGCCUGAUGAUAAUGAGGAAAAAGCAUCAGGUCCUGGGCCUAGCUCUUGAGUGCAUAUCACCUCUGGGAAAGACAAAUGGAAGAAUACCAAGCCCCUAACUAAGCUCUGGGCUUCAUGGGAUAGAGCAGGCGGUACUCAGGAUCCUGCUGGUAUCUCUGGCUUCCCCUCCAUAGCCAUCCUCUGCUGAUCUUCUUCAACUGGAUUGAAAAUAAAUAAACAUCAAGUCUCCAGGGUA